AUGCGUGCCGUGCCAUUUCAUUACAUUCUGCUCGUGUUUAUAAAAGAUGUGUUGCCGGCUAGAAUUCUCGGUCUGUUCCCUCAUAUCGGAAAAAGUCAUCAAAUGGCAUACGAUCCUUUGUUACGAAGAUUGGCUGAGAGAGGACACGAUGUCACCGCCGUAACAUUCUUUCCCUUGAAAAAUCCACCGGAACAUUACAGAGCAGUCAGCCUGGAAGGACUCACCGAAAUCAGAGUUGAAAGUAUUAACAUGUCAAUCUAUGAGGGACACAAUGUUUUCCUUCGACUUACUGGAUUGGACAGAAUUCGAUCACACAUUAGUGAAAAUCACCCGUUGGCAGACUUCGCUUUAGAUACGUGCUCGAAGUUAGUGAGUUUUAAGCCUUUAUCAGAACUACUUAAGAAAGAAUACGAUGUGAUAUUAACGGAAAAUUUCAACAGCGACUGUAUGCUAGGUCUCGCAAAUGUUUAUGGACAGAAAGCGCCUAUUGUUUAUCUGUCGUCGUGCACUGCAAUGUACUGGGCUCUGGACCGGUUCGGAGUAACGGAUAAUCCGUCAUACGUGCCCCUUGUCAGUUCAAUAUUUACCACCCCAAUGACAUUCCUACAGAGAUUAGAGAAUGCCGUGCUUAAUGUAUAUUUCAAAGUCUGGUUCCGAUACGCGAUUCAGCUUAGAGAACAAAAAAUAAUUGAGGAACAUUUCGGUAGAAAGAUACUCGAUCUUCAAGAGAUGGCGAAGAAUGUGUCUUUGAUGUUAGUGAACGCGCACCACAGCUUGAACGGUGUUCGACCUUUAAUCCCUGGUAUCGUGGAAGUAGGCGGCAUGCACUUGGAUAAAACAAGGAGACCUAUAUCACAAGUAAGCGAAUGA